CGACUCCGUUCACCUCCAUUCACACAGUAAAUAAAAGCAUGGAGGCUCUGACUCUCGGGAUCUAAUACGGAACAGCGGGGGGUAAAGACACCGCCGCAUGCGCUCUCCCUUUCACCGAAACACACAAGGAAGCGGGUCAGCGGCGAACGCUUUGUCAGUUGGAUUUAACUCGUUUUACGUGGAAGAGAGGAUUGUAGUUGGAGACGGGAGCGGGGCAGCCCGCCGUGCUGAGCAUGAAGCGGACGGCUGUAGUGGCCAGGCACAAUGGCCUCGUCUCUCCGCUGGGAAACAACAACUCCGGGGCUUCGAGCAUCGUCUCACCACCACAGCCGAGAGCCACUAGUAUCUCCGCUUCUGCCGACGGUGGUGUCUGCGGUGGGAUGGACGGCCUGCUGGAUUUCUCCAAAGGCCCUAUCGUCAAAACUGAGCUGGUCUGUAAAUGGAUUGACCGAACUUCUUCGAGACAGAUGCUUGGGCGGACGGGGACAUCCGUCUGCGACCAAACUUUCAGCUCCAUGCACGAGCUGGUGGACCACGUCACCACCGAGCAUGUAGCAGCGGGGCUCGAGACCCUCAGUCAUGUCUGCAUGUGGGACGAGUGUAUGCGCGGCGGGAAGGCGUUCAAAGCCAAAUACAAACUCAUUAACCACAUUCGCGUGCACACCGGGGAGAAGCCUUUUGCAUGCGCAUUUCCUAACUGCGGCAAGAUGUUCGCACGCUCCGAGAACCUCAAGAUCCACACGCGCACGCACACUGGUGAGAAGCCAUUCCAGUGUGAGUUCUGCGAGCGACGCUUCGCCAACAGCAGCGACCGGAAGAAGCACUCACAGGUCCACACAGCCUCGAAGCCCUACGACUGCAAGGCCCUGGGCUGCACCAAGUCCUACACCCACCCCAGCUCCUUGCGCAAACACAUGAAGGUUCACGUCAAGUCGUCACCUACCUCUGAACCCCGGGACGUGUACGACACCAUCCCUCAUCAACUCCAACAACCUCAUCAAGCUCUCCUAGAGCCCCUCAACCUUAAAAUGAACCGCCUCUCUCCAUCAUUUGCCAAUGGAAACACUCAUUUUCCUCUUCUGUCCAAUCACGCAUUGGAUAUCAGCUCAGCCAGCGAAGUUGACCAUAAGCUGCUUCUGCGGAGUUCAUCUCCAAUGGCGAUGCCUCUGGAUCUCUCUCUGUCAGGCCUGAAGAGUCAGCUGGCCCAGAGGCAGCAGAGUGGUAGGACCCGGCGAAGGAGCCAGCGCUCAGUCAACCCAGCCUUACCUCAGUUGUCUAACAUUAAGGAGUGGUAUGUCUGUACCAGGAGUACAGCACCGCAUUUUCCUCUACUUCACCCAGACCACAUCAAAUCAGAACCUAGUGAUGACGAGGAGUAUGUUACGUAGGAUGGAGGGACUGGGGAAUUUGGACUUGAAGAACAUAUAUUGUCAGGCCAGGGAUGCUCUGUGGAAUCAUAGUUGCUGUACAUUUCCAGAACCAGCAGAGUUGUGGUUCAACAUCAGUGGCCCCUCUGAGAUGGAGCAGGCUGUGAUCAGAUGGAGACUUUUUUACUCUGUCAUCACUAUCUGUGGACUAGUGUCACUAUCUGUGGACCAAAAAUCAGUGGCUCAAAUGUUGCCGGAAGGGACAAGAGGAAUUCCAUCAUAAUGGUUUGACAAAAAACUGCAAGUUAUCCAAUCGGUGUCAGCUAGAUAACCUGGACUAACAAAGGGGAGAACGUUGUACAAAUGGACCAGGGGGUGUUGGGUUCUGCUCUGCUUGCUGUUAAAGAAUAUGAAGACGGUGUGUGUACAUGAUGACCUCUCUAGGAAGACAUAUUAUUGACCAGUUUAUCUAAGAGCUCCACCUAGAUGAAGCAAUUUCAAGGGCUACAUUGACACUGAUGGAAAGUGGUUAAUGUUAACCUGAGCUACUGAUGGCACUGUACACAUGGUCCACAACAGCAGGCACAUGGUGUGGAUGUGAGGGUGGGACUGUUAUGGCCUCAGUAUGUUUUUAACAAACUAGUUUGUACAACUUCAGAUAGUUACAAAAAGCAGCUGAUUCUACUGUCGAAAACCGGGGUUCCAGAUGUUGUUAGGUGAUCCGACAAGCACUUUGUUUGAAGCAAACUGAGGCCUUUACUUACAAACCGUUGGUAGUAACUUGUUUUCUGUAAUCACAGUCUAAUCUGACAAAGUAGCCAGCAGUAAAACUGUAGUUUAAAGACAGUUGGGCUGAUCCUUCUUUGUACUGAUCAUCAAGUGUCUCCUUAUCCUCUUCAACCCUAUGGACCUCUCUCAGUGGGUUAAUCACCUGUAUCUGUUUACACUCCAUGUGCAAUUUAGUGAAGACCACAAGGUUUCCAAAAUGACUAUAUGUCAUACACAUAUUUCUUUAACAUGAAACUAUAUUAAAUGAUGCACAAGGCAUCCAGUAUUUUCCCUUUGAUCAAAUGGUGCCGCCAUAAAAAGUGGAUUUGAAAAUUGACUCAAUGUAAGCAUCAUUGAAUAUAGGAAAUAAGCAGAAUGUAUUGUGUAAGAUUGUGUUACAGCUUGGAAAAAAUGUUUUAUGUCUGUUUUGAACUUACUGCAUUGAGAACAAUUUAAAUGGUGAAUAAGUAACUUAUACCAAUGUACAUUAUCCAUCCACAAGUAGCUCCUUUCAAGCUGGAUUUGAACCUGGGAUGUGAGAAAACCUACUUGAAGCAGAUUGUUUAAAGUACAAAGUAAAGGUCUUACAACCUGGGUAAAACUGAAAGUGAGCACACCUGAAAUGUGUCUAAUAAUCCCUCGUUGCACAGGAAAACUGGGUGCACAACUACACUAAGUACAGUAGGGCAAAGUGAUGGAUGUUCACAAGGGAUAGUUUGGAAAAUGAUUUUAACGUUCAUCUUUGUUUUCUCUUCCAAGUAAGUUUGUCUAACAAGGCGUUCGUUUAAAACCUUUUUACUCUUUUUUUUCCCAAGCUAUUAACAUGUACAUUAUUAAUACUGACAGAUGAUGGACAAAACUGCACCCAAGUUGAAUGAAACAGGAAUUUCACUUAAAACAGUAUGAGUGAUUUGAAAAUUGUGAGUCUCAAUUUCAUUCAGGUUUACUAACGACAAAGCUAUUGAGUGAGUAAUCAAUCUGAAAGCUGAGAGUGGAGACAGUACAUGUGCGAUUAUAAGUACAGAACAGAACUUUAAAAACAGAAUUGUGUCGUUGAAGUUUUGAUUCUUAAGCAAUAAUCUCUAUGAGUGAGCGACUACUCACACCCAGAUUAUGAAGUUUGUAUUACUAUUACACAGUCAGCACGGCACCACCUCACUGCUAGAAGGUCUCGGACUCCCCACAGUCCAAACACAGCCUUUAGGUCUGAUUAAUUGGAAACUGGUAAAUGUGAGUGUGAAUGAUUGUCUGUCCAUAUGUGUCCUGUGCUAGACUGGUAACCAGAACUGGUGCACCAUGCCUCUCUCACGAGUUGUGAUAGGCUCCAGCUCUCUGUGAUCCUGCUCCGGAUAAGCUGGUAUAGAUACAGAUGGGUGGAUGUACCUGGUCUGCGACCACAAACUAAGAGCAGAAUAAAAUCCAUUGCAUUUGAUCUGGAUGUGAGUUGUCAUCAAGUUAGAUGCUGCCUUUUAAAUACCAUCAGGCCACUUCCCAGUGUGCUCCACUGGCUUUUUUGUUAAAAACACAUUAAAAGUACCUGUGGGAAACUAAGGUACUUGCUAACUAAGGUUAAGGGCCCCCUCGUGAUAUCAAGUGCUCAGAAGCUCUCAGCUAAUAAAUACUAGUAGUUCUAAACUUGCCCAAAUUAGGUUGUUGCUUUCAAAUCUUCUGUGAUCUGUCCCCAGAUUGAUUCAAUUUGUCUUCUACACAAUCAUUUCAGCUCACGAAAGAGCAGACAUAUCAGAGUUAAUGAUCAUUGAAUAGCACAUCUCUGUGUUCCUUUUCUGCACUUUUAUGAGAGAGAGGCUGUGUGAUGCAGUAUAACACCUGAUCUCAAGUCAUUGAAGGCUUCUAGUUCAGACACCCACUGAACCAAACGUUCCGUCUGUAAAAAAUGUUCAUAGAUUCAACGCAGCAGAUAAAAUGCAAGAUGAAGACAGCUAACAAAAACUCCUGUGAGAUUAACCUUUUCUUUCCCACCCCAACCCUCUGGUUUAGCAACACUAAGUGAGUAAACAAGUGAAUAAGAAAUGAAAUUAGAACCAACAAACGUUCAUGCUUUUGCAAUAAAGUAAUGUCAGUGUUUUUAUCAACCAUUUUUGUCGACUUUACUAAUGGAUUUUUGUAAAUGACUCUCUGGAAAAAGGUGAAACACAUUCCUACAGCCUCUGUCUGUCGCGAUUAUUAACAAGGCUCUCUCUAGGCUUAAAAAGAACAAGGCUUAAAUGAUGAGUUAAGUGUGAAGCUAAAAGAUUUGAUGCAAAAUCUGACCACAGAACAGCUAAAAUUCAUAUGCCUGGAUGCCAGUCUCACUUGGCGCCAGCAGAACAUGAAAGCUCAUUCUUGACCUUGGAUAUUAUCUAACCAUUAUCUGUAAUGGCUCGCGUUCUGGGCAGUUUAGAGUCACUAAUUAACCUAACCGGCAUGGCUGUAUAGACCGUGGGAGGAAGCGGCAUGGUUAAAACCCAUGCUGACACCAGGAACAUGCAGACUCGACACAGACGUUCAAACCUCAACACUCUUGCUGUGAGGUGACAGUGCUAACCACUGCACCGCUGUGCAGCCCUUUGAAACACUAGUUUGACAAAAUAAACCCUCCAAGCCCACUUUCUAACCAUAAGACUAUCUGAUGUUCUGGAAAAUGAACAUCAAAGUAAGUUGCCUACAAUAUUUCUGAACCAUUAGCUGAACUGUAGGUGAUAACUGUUGGGCUUGCUAGACAGAUACUUGCUUCCAACCACAUAAUUCAGGCCAACUAAAUGAAUCGGUGGCCUGGUGCUAGGUUAAAUGAUGAAUUGACGUCAGGCAUGAAUCGGAUCAAUAGCCUGGUUUAAAGUUUGCAUAGAACAUACACAUUUUCUAAUUAGGAGGCAUCUUCAAUCUGCAUUUCCCAACACAGUGUGUGAGAUUGUUUUACACCAAACCUGAUGACCCGUGUCCAUCUGUUUAAACAAGAAAAGACAUGAGACACAAGUCAGGCAGUGUCUCAGUGAUAAGAAGGUUAAAAGACAGUUCACAAACACACUGAAUGAGUGGUUUACGAGUUAACAAGUCAAUGUAUUUAAAAAAUAAUAAUUAUUGAAAAUACUUUGUAGCCCACAUUACUGGUUGGAGGCACUAGCAAGUUUCUGAUAGGUUACGGAGAUUAACGGUCCACCGGUUUACAGCAUGAGACACAUGCAGUCCUCACAGAGCAAUACAAAUAACUCCUAUAGUGAAUUUCUCAUUGAAUCUCA